GGGACUGCCUCAGGCUCGCCGAGCUCGCCGCCGGCCCGGCCCGAGGGUCCGCCUGAGUGCGCCGGCCCGCGUCCGCUCCUGCUCGACCAGCUGCGGGGCUGCGGGGGCCGCGUCCCGGAACAGCGGCCGCCAGCCCGGGGCAGUCGGCGGCCACCCCCGGGGACCGGAGCCGCGCGGCCGACACUCGCCCCGUGCCGCCUCCGCCGGGCCGACCUCCGGGCUUGGCUCCGCCGCGCCCCGGCCGCGGCGCCUGGCCCGGGUUGCGCGCCGCUGGGGCGCGGGCGGGGUCGGGGGUUGCGGGGCCGCCGCUGCUCGCCUGCCGCGCGUCGGCGUCCCGGGCCCGGCGGCCAGCGAGCAUGGAGGAGAAGUACCUGCCGGAGCUGAUGGCGGAGAAGGACUCCCUGGACCCCUCCUUCACGCACGCUCUGCGGCUGGUGAACCAAGAAAUAGAAAAGUUUCAAAAAGGAGAAGGCAAGGAUGAAGAAAAGUACAUCGAUGUGGUGAUUAAUAAGAACAUGAAGCUGGGACAGAAAGUGUUAAUCCCUGUAAAGCAGUUCCCUAAGUUCAACUUUGUGGGGAAACUUCUGGGUCCCCGUGGAAAUUCUCUGAAGCGUUUACAAGAAGAAACGUUGACAAAAAUGUCCAUCCUUGGGAAAGGUUCCAUGCGAGACAAGGCAAAGGAAGAAGAGUUGAGGAAAAGUGGAGAGGCCAAGUACUUUCACCUCAAUGAUGACCUCCAUGUUCUCAUUGAAGUCUUCGCUCCACCAGCGGAAGCAUAUGCCCGGAUGGGACACGCACUGGAAGAAAUCAAAAAGUUCCUCAUUCCUGACUAUAAUGAUGAAAUCAGGCAAGCACAGCUCCAAGAAUUAACAUAUUUGAAUGGUGGUUCAGAAAAUGCGGAUGUACCGGUUGUUCGAGGGAAACCCACCUUGCGUACAAGAGGUGUACCCACCCCAGCAAUAACCAGGGGAAGGGGAGGAGUCACAGCCCGGCCAGUUGGAGUUGGUGUACCACGAGGGACGCCAGCUUCCAGGGGUAUCCUUUCCACCCGAGGGCCAGUGAGUCGGGGAAGAGGACUUCUCACUCCCAGAGCAAGAGGAGUUCCCUCAACUGGGUACCGACCUCCGCCACCACCCCCAACACAAGAGACGUAUGGAGAUUAUGACUAUGAUGAUGGAUAUGGCACUGCUUAUGACGAACAGAGUUAUGAUUCCUAUGAUAACAGCUAUAGCACCCCUGCCCAAAGUGGUGCUGAUUACUAUGAUUAUGGACAUGGACUCAGUGAAGAGACCUACGAUUCCUACGGGCAAGAGGACUGGACUAACUCGAGACACAAGGCACCUGCAGCGAGGACCACAAAGGGCGUCUACAGAGACCAGCCCUACGGCAGAUACUGAUUGUACUGUCUGGUGUUGUGAAAUAGCCAGUCUCCACCAGUCCUGUGUACUGUUCAAAGUAAUGUUUUUCUAUGAACAAUCCCUUUUUAAAUAAAUCAAAAUGCUUAAAAUCUGAAUGGAUGGAAGUUUAAAACUACUUUGUGGAAACAUCAACCUGGGCAGAAAAAAAAAAAAAAAAGACAUGUAAAAUUUUGUUAUUUCCAGUAUGUAUAUGAAAAAAAUAGGUCAUCAAAAGGAAAAAAAUAACUUUGAUUAACUAGUGUUAAACAAAAAACUAGGUUUACUAAAUAUGUUAAUCCAUCCUUUUAACAUAAGCCUCACCUUUCAUUUUAAAGGUUUCCAUAGCAAUUAGUUAUUUUAUCUUUCAGCCAUAUGCUAGUUUUUUUCUCUUGCCAACAUGCGUAAAAAGGGAAGCCAAUUACAAGUGCAAAUAAUGUGGUAUUCUUUUGUAACUCAAGUCUUGAAAUGUUCUGUAGUGUUGAGCAAAGUCUCCUCUUGCUUGAUACUAAAUAAACUUUUGAAAGAAA